AUGAACACCCAAAGGGGUUCCCUCCCCAUAAACGUCCACAGAGGUUCCCUCGCCAGGAGCAUCCAAAGGGGUUCCUUCGUCCCCCGGGGUAUGAAUAGCUCGGGGAGAGACAUGCAGCUGCGGGUGAUCCCGGCUGAGGUGAAGUUCCUGGACACGGUGGCCGGGAGGGUGUACCGCCUCCCGAUUACUGUGCAAAAUCUUUGCCGCCGGAACCAGAAAAUCCGAUUUAAGGAGCCCAUCAAGCCACAGUUCAAACUGAUGUUGACAAGUCUGGAUAAAGAACUUGCUUCUGGCCUUCAGAUGACAGCUAUGGUGGAAUAUCAUCCUGAUAAAGACGAAGACACUUUUGACCGACUACUUAUUUCAGUAGAAAAUAAAACAACAGAAAUUCCUCUAAUUGGGUUGAUUCCAUCCUGUCAAUUGGAAAUUGAAUCAGUAGUUAAUUUUGGCACAUUGGUUGCCAAUAGUAAAGUAUAUUCUAAAGAGAUUACUAUCACUAACCAUGGCAAAGCUCCAGGCAUAUUUAAGGCAGAAUACCACGGCCAGUUACCCAUCCUCAUUUUUCCAACUAGUGGUAUUGUUGAUGCUAAGUCAUCAAUGGUUAUUAAAGUAGAUUUCUGUGCAGACCAGCCAAGAAUUGUAGAUGAAGAGGCAAUAGUGAUUUUGCAGGGUCAACCUGAGAUGCUCUUGAGUAUCAAAGCUCAUGUGGUUGAGCAGAUUAUUGAAUUAUUAAACAUGAGUAGUGACAGAAGGCUGGAAUGCAUACACUUUGGUCCUGUUUUCUUCGGAUCAUCAAAAAUUAGACAUGCACGUAUAUAUAAUAAUAGCCCAGAGCCCGUAAAUUGGGUGGCCAUAAUGCAAGAUGAUGCCGUGGGAGAAGAAUUGGGUACAGAUACUCGACAAAGAACAGAUAUUGCUUUAAAUAAUCUCACCUACACAAGAAAAAUAAAGAACAUGGAUACUACUCCCAUUAUCUCCUGUCUUCCUAAUGAAGGGACUUUACAACCUUAUCAAAAGACUGUAAUUACAUUUUGUUUCACCCCAAAGCUAAUGGCUGAUAGUAAAAAGGAUAUUGGACCUUCAUACAGGCAGGACUAUGCUCUCUUUUUGAGAUUUGAGUCCGUAGGAAGUAAAGAUGGAUUUUUGAGAGAUGAUGACUAUAAAACCAUCAAAAGUGAACGAUUUCAGAAAAUGGAAUUAGCACUGACGGGCACAGGACUUCCUGUGUUACUACAGUUUGAUCCAGGACCAGUUCUUAAUUUUAAACCUUGUUUCAUGGGUGAACGUUCAGAAAUUCAGUGUAUCAUAAAAAAUCAGUGCGAAUUACUUCCUGUGACGUACCACUUUAAAAAAACUGCAAAUUUUGAAAUUGAUCCUGUAAAGGGCGAGAUUAACAGAGGGGGUAUGGUGGCUGUGAUGUGUUCAUUUGUUCCACAUCAACUUGGAAUCUUCAAAGUGAAGCAGGUGAUAGAGAUUAUUGGUUUAGUGGCAGAAGAAGAUUUGCAAUCCUUAUCGGUAAAAUCUUUCCAUCACGUAUAUUUAGUUUUCAACAGCACCUGCAAAGCUUCUACCAAGAAAGUUGUGAUGAACUGUGAUCCUGGUAUAUUGCCUCCGAUCCGUAAUCCCAAGGGGAAGUUUGUGGUCAAAGACUUGGCAAAACGCAAGAAUUAUGCACCUGUAGCAAUGCUUCAAUCAGCCAUGACACGCACUCACAAUCAUCGCUCAUGUGAAGAGCCAGUGAAGGAUGUGCUAUUAGCCUUUCCCAAUGACCGAGCUGCAACUAUCAGGUCUAAAGACCAUCAUAAACAUUUCAGGCCAAUUUUCCCAAAAGUUCCAAGAUUUAACUAUGUGAAUCAUGAUUUUGCAUAUACUACAUUUGAAAAACAGCAAAAGAAAUUACAUGAAAACUAUUAUGCAAUGUAUCUUAAAUAUUUAAGAAGUGUGCGCUUGCAGAAGAAACAAGCAGAGAGGGAGCGCAUGUAUUCAUAUGAUGAUACAGACAUAGGCUUAGAGCCAGGAUCAGGUCUAAAGUCACCCUCACUCUCCGAAGCGGAAAUAGAAGAGGAGCUGUCUUCAGCAGCGAAUUCAGUCAGAGCGAAUCGAUUGUUAACCACCAGGAGUAUGGCAUCUCAGGAGGAAGAGUCCGUGAGAAGAAAGGUUCUCAAAGGACUUAAAUCAGAACCAUCCACACCGCAGGAAAAACAUGAUUGCAGCUUAAUUUUGACACCAAAGCAAAUUCAUCAAGUAAUUGUUGGGCCUUCUGUCCUUAACUUUGGUAAUAUUUGUGUGAACUCUCCAAAUACUCAUCUACUUCAUGUUAUUAAUAUGCUACCUAUGCAUAUUUUGCUCCAGUUAGAUACUGAUUUAGAAGAACUUCAGAAGACCAACCAAUUUUCAUAUGUGAUUCCACCUACAUCCAGCACUUACAUUUCAUUGGUAUUUGAAUCUCCCACCAUUGGAAAAUUUUGGAAGUCUUUCACCUUUACAGUGAACAACAUACCCAGUGGACACAUCCUAGUGAUGGCAGUUGUCCAGCUAGUAACACUUGAGCUAUCUUCUAAUGAGCUAGUAUUGAGACCACGAGGCUUCUUCAUGAAAACAUGUUUUCGGGGGACAGUUAGAUUGUAUAAUCGUCAGAACUGUUGUGCUCAGUUUCAAUGGGAACCCGUAAACACAGGAAGAGGGAUAGCAUUUUCUAUUUGUCCACCUAAAGGCACUGUUGAAGCGUACUCCUCACUGGAAUGUGAAGUAACAUGGCAGCAGGGCUUCAGUUCUCCAGAAAAAGGAGAAUUUAUUCUUCAUGUCUUUCAAGGAAACACGUUGAAGCUAAAAUGUGUUGCACAUGUAAUUAUUUUCCUUGAACAUGGUUUUUGUUUUGAGGGCUAUGAAUUGGUUGGGUAUACACUGGUGUGUAUAGUUACCUAUAUCUAG